AAGGGUGCAUGGUCCAUGACGUAACACUCCGGACGUCGCUGUGGCAGAGAAACAUCUCUUUGGCCGGUCUAAUUAAACAUUCCAAAGUAUCGAUCAGGUUGUGCAUCCUGAAGAGUGUCUACUUGAGUCGCAGCAUUGAAUUUCAAAGACGAAGACAAGCAUUUAACCAUGAACUGUGACAUGGACGGUGACAUGGAAAAUCAGGCAGAGCUGGAGGAGAAGACCAGACUUAUAAACCAGGUCCUUGAGCUGCAAAAUACUCUUGAGGAUCUCUCAGCUCGAGUGGAUGCAGUUAAAGAAGAAAAUCUCAAGUUAAAAUCAGAGAAUCAGGUUCUUGGGCAGUAUAUUGAGAACCUCAUGUCAGCAUCUACUGUGUUUCAGACGACCGACUCCAAGAACAAACGAAAAUAGGAGAGUAUCUCUCCCAAACCUUCUUGUGUUGGUCCACGAACCCAAGCGUGUAAACCCUUGCCAUAUGAGCCGUUUAAGUUUCCUCUGGGAUUCAUUUUAUAGACGCCACUAAAAUAGUUAACAUUGUUUGUAUUAUCCGUGUUUGUGUUCAUUUUAGUCUUCGGUUGCUUUGUACUAAAUAUAAAAAAUAAUUUGACUAAAAGAUCAUGUGUAAAAAAACAUUAUAGGUACAUUAUGCUGUAAUGCAAUAUUAAGGCAGGUUUUAAACAAUACUUUUUAGUGUGUCAUGACAAAAAAACUCAUCGUUUCAAAAGAUAUAUUCAAAUAUUUAAUUUCUUGUUGCAUUGUGGGUCAGAGCACAGCUGUAAUGACAUAACAGUUGCUCUCUGUUGAACUGUUUUUCUUUAUCAGCACUGGAUGAAGUUGGGAGAAAACAAUUCCAGGUAUAAAACCUACGUGGUGCUACCAAAGGGAGUAUUCUAAAAUGCAUUACAUCUGGGCCUCUGAGUAUUUUAAACUUUGUGUUUCUGUAGACUUUUACCAUUGUGUGACAUUCGAAAUGCCAGUUUUAAUAAAUAAUAUAUCAUUUGCUGUGGUUACUAAA